AUGUCUAACAACCAACAACAACACGCAGAAGCUUUUAUUAUGGUUUGUCUUGAUAUUACAUUCAAUACGAACAACAAUCAGGAAAAAGUAAUUGAACAACUACGCCAAAUUGAUGCUAAAAGUCAAAUGUUUUCUGUUCCUGAUCAAUGUAUCGAUUACAUUUUCAGUUUGGAAAAUGAACUUGUAUUAUUUCUUUUCGUUACUGACACGAUUGAUCAUCCAGUUCUUACUAUUAUUUCGAAUCUUUCGAUUGUUUCAUCAAUCUAUAUUCUAUGCAUUUCCAACGAGAAAACUGAUGAAAAUCAACUCCAAUCUUUCCAAAAAGUUCAACGUAUUUCUACUGAAAUUUCUCAGUUGAUUGAUCAGAUCAAAUUUGAUAUUCGUCGAAUCGAAUACGAAUACAUGAAAUUUGAAAUACUUCAAAAAUCGAAUGCUUCUUCAACAUUUUCAAUCAGUCCAAACAAACAAGAAUAUUCGUUCAUGUUUACAAAAUUGUUAAAAGAUAUAUUCUUAAAAUUUGAGGAUGACAGUACACCUGAAUUAAUUGAAUAUUACCAAAGUCGCUAUCAUGACAAUUCUUCUAUGCUUGGUGUCAUCGAUGAAUUUAAGCGUACUUAUCAAGCAAAUAAAGCUAUUAAUUGGUACACGAGAGAUUCCUUUAUCUACAGAACAGUGAAUGAAGCACUUCGUACACAGAACGCUGAAGCAUUGUACAAGAUGCGCACGUUUAUUCGCCAUCUUCAUCAACAACUUGUUUCAAUUCAAGCAGAGAGUCAGAUAUCAAUGCUAACUCUCUAUCGAGGUUUAAAAAUGAAGAUUAAUGAAUUUGAAAAAAUAAGAAAUAAUGAAGGCGGUCUCCUUUCGAUUUCUAGUUUUCUAUCGACUACUGCAAGUAAAGACUUAGCAGUUGUUUAUGCAGGUCACACCGACAGCAGAGAAAUUGCUGUAGUUUUCGAAUUAAAAAUUGAUUCAAAUGAGAUAACUAAUAGCACAUUUGCCUGUAUCGAACAAUUCAGUCAUUUUGGUCAAAGUGAAAACGAAUGGCUAUUUUCAGUGGGUUCUGUUUUUCGUAUCAGGGAAAUUCAACAAAUCGAAAGCAUUAUGUUGAUUAGUUUAGUUUUAACCGAUGAUCAAGAUGAAAAUCUCCAAAAAUUAACUGAGCACAUGCAUAAAAUUAUUCAAAUAGAGUAUCGCAAUCCACUGGUAGCUUUGUGUCGAUUAUUUGCACGAAUGGGUAAAUAUGAGACAGCUUCGGAACUAUGUAAAAAGAAUGGUGAAUUGGAAAAUGGAUGGGAAAUGUUAGCAACAUUAUUCGAUACUUAUGGUUUAAUGCAUGCUAACCAAAGAAAUGAUAAAAACGCAUUGCAUUAUCAUCGAAAAGCAUUAAAUACAAUGACUCAACAUGUAGCCACAAAUGAUCCUAUACUCGCUUCGUACUAUAAAACCGUGGCAAUCAGCUAUUCAGCAGUGAAUCAGGACAAACUAGCAUUAGACCAUUAUCAAAUAGCAAUUGAUCUUGAAUUACAGGCUUUACAACCAGAUUAUACAAGCAUUGCUUAUUCAUAUGAUGCAAUGGGGAAUAUUUUGCACUAUACUUUUCAACAAUACAAUCGAGCACUUCAAUACUACAAACAUGCGCUGAAGCUAAUGCUUGAAAAUCUACCCCCUAAUCAUGAUGAUAUCAUUUCGCUGUACCAGGAAAUGGCUGAUAUUUAUGACGAACAAGGUAAAUAUGAUGAAGCUUUGGAUGCUUUUCAUGAAUCCCUUCUUAGAAGAAAAGCAUCUCAGAAGUGUAAAUCUCUUGAUUUGAAUAAUACAUUGAAAAAAAUAGCUACAAUUUAUAAAAAUAAAGGCAAUAUGGAACGCACUUCGGUUAUACUUAGCAUCUGUGGUGAUAUAGAAUCUUCAUGUCCCCGAUCGCUUGAAUCAAGGAUGGAUAAUCUUGAUCUAGAUGCACUAAUCGCUAAAAUUUUUCAAAGUGACUAG